UCCCAUCACCGUCCAGCCAACAACUAUCGGAGUUACCGGACAGUUAAACACCACCAUCGCACACGGCACACCGCUCAAAUUCCCUAGUCCUUUCCGACCCCCAUUUAUAACCUCUCUUCUCAUCUCCCUCCAUAUUCCCCAGUAGCACCACCUUCUGCAACUCAAAUCGAACUCCUAGGACGAGCCCGCGCCAUGGACGAAGACAUCGACAGCACCUGCUCCACCCCCUUUGCUAGCGCGCCUUCCAGCCCCGGACGCUCCCCUUCCAUCUUCAUCGGCGGUGGCGGCGGCGGCGGUGGCGGCUAUUUUUUCAGCGCGCCGGCGAGCCCCAUCCACCACCUGCUGUUCUCGUCCUCGUCGGCUGCCUCCGGCGCUGCGAAUGGCGCGGGGUACGGUGGCAUAGGCGACGCGGAGUUCGAGUUCGGCGGCCCUGGCGAGCACAUGAUCUCCGCCGACGAGCUCUUCCAGAACGGCCAGAUCCGGCCGCUCACCCUGUCCCCGCUCCCGGAUCUCGACCCCGGCAGCGACGACGACAAUGAGGACGACGAGCGUCGACACGGCCCUGCGCGCGGCCGCGAGCUCACGCUGCGGAGCGGCUCCGUGCACCGCCGCGCCCGGUCCAUGUCUCCGAUGCGUAGCACGUCUCCGCGGCUCAAGCUGCUCAAUGCGCUCGUGCCACCGCCGGAUCUCGCCUCCGUGUCCCGCUCGACUGGGGCGCCGUCGGAGGAGGCCCCGCCGCCGGUCACCGCCUCGUCACGCUCGUCCUCGUCUUCCUCGACCUCUUCCUCCUCGUCGUCCUCGUUCGCCCGCGGCUCCCGGCGCUGGGUGUUCCUCAAGGACAUGCUGCUCCACCGCAGCAAGAGCGAGCCCGGCAGCGCCCAUGCGCACGACCGCGACACCCCCGCGGCAGCCGCCAAGCCCGAAAGGGCAUGGCAGUUCUCGCCAUCGUGGGCGUCGAGGGACAAGGUCGUUGCGAAGCUCCGUGGGACGAAGCCACAUCCACCACCGCCAGAGACAGCGGCGGCGGCGGCGGCGGCAGACAGUGUUGGCGGUGACGAACCCCGGACGACUCGGGGCCAAGGAAGGGGGAAGAGUCGGCGGCGGUCGACGACGGUAGCGGCGGCGCACGAGAGGCUGUACGCGGCGCCGAACAGGGCGCAAGCGGAGGAGAUGCGGCGGCGGACGUUCCUCCCGUACCGGCAGGGCGUCCUCGGGUGCCUCGGCCUCAGUUCCCGCAGCUACGGCGCGCUCCGCGGGUUCUCCAAAACCCUCAACCCCGUCUUCUCCCGGUAAAAAGGAAAGCACCCCAAAAAUCCCCCCAAAAUCGAGAAGCAGAGUACGUAAUGGUUAUUGCUAGUAGUGCUGGUUAAUUUCCUUGUGUAUGCGAGUUCUGUUUUCGUCCCAGUUUCUGUAUAGGCAGUGAUUAUGAUUUCCACUCCAACUUCGUUUGGAAGGUGUUGGUAGUUAUCAGUAGUUAGUCACAUCAACUGGAACAUCAGCAAGGUGCAGUUGGAUAAAUGUGGCGCGAAGCAACAAGACCGCUCUACAUUAUGCUAUUUUUGUUUUUGUGUGCACGGUGAGUAUAUAAAUAUAAGCAUGUCUACUGCGAAUUUGCCACACGAUUA